CGCAAAUCUUCCGGCCGAAUCGCGAAGGAAGAUCGACUACGGCUGAACUACCUGAACGAUAAUUCCUCGCGAAAAGGAUUUCUAUUGCAGGGGGAGGAUGAGGCUGAUCGCGACGAUCCUCGUCGUCGCUUUCUCAGGCGCAGCGGUGGGCCAAGACUUCGGCAGUCACGCUUUAUUCGUCAGAACUGCAGACGCGGAUGCCGCACGCUCGAGAGUCCCGCGAGCUGCCCCAGCAUCGCCGGCAGACGUGAUGGCGCAAAAUAUCCUAGAGUGGAUUCAGGGGAUCUACCAGCAAGGCGCACGUAAAAUUCGCCAGCAAUCGGACUCGAACGCAUAUCUGCCGCCUUACAGCACUCAACGACCGCCCGAGAAACCCCGACCCUUUCAACCGGCCCCUCAACCGGGUUACCCAUCACCUAGCCAAAACGAUGUAACGAGCUUCCCCGUUCAGAGGCCGUCGUCACUCUACACCCCGCCGAGCGUCGGGCAACCGCCGUUCUCCACUCCCCGACCGGGUUACCCCAGUAACCAACAACCUUCAUCGACAUACGUGCCGCAAAGUUUCAGCGGCUCCACGUCCUACAAUCCUCGACCGAGCCAGCCUUCGUACACGAACGCCGGCUCGUCUGCUUUUCCGCCAUUAAAUCCACCUGACACAUCAACCACUUACCUUCCGCCACAGCCGUCGUCCUUCCCCUCGUCGACCAGCCCAAGACCGCCUCUGUCUAGUUCCACGGUUGUCGCCGGUGGGUUCUCGCCUAGCGGCUUCCAGACUUCGGCCGGUAUCGGCAGCACCUCAGGAGGAUAUCCUGCAAGCAUCGGAGGAAGUAGCAGUGGAACUUUAACACCACCGAUUACAGGAAUAUACUCACCACCAGCUGGUUUCUCCACGUCAUACGGCUAUCCGUCGGAACGGCCAGCUCCCAGCUUCCCUACUCCCGGCGAGAGCAGCACCGGUGGUGGUUAUCCAGGUACGGGCGGAGGAUAUCCACCGUCUACUUCGACUGCUGGAUAUCCAUCUACCACGCAAAGACCGCGCCCGCCUUUCACAUCUGGUCAAACGGGUGCUGGCACCGAAGUCGGUACAGGGAGUUCAGAAACCGGAGGUGGACCAGGUACUAGUGAAGGUGGAAACGCUGUCGAAGACGACCUCAAUCAUCCCCCACACAUUCACAGUCUCGAUGUGAUAUGUAGUAAGACCAUGAUGACGAUCAACAUUGAAUUCAACCGCGCUUUCGACGGUGUUAUUUAUUCCAAGGGAUUCUAUAUGAACCCGGAAUGCAGAUACGUGGCACAAAAUUCUGGCCAGACAAUGUACUCUUUCACCGUGAAUUUGGAUUCGUGCGGAACUCAAUUCAUCAACGACUUUGAGGGUGAAGCUGGCCAAGCGUACCUGGAAAAUGUCCUCGUGUUGCAGAACGAACCGGGCAUACAAGAAGUGUGGGACACAGUGCGAAGGGUGAGAUGCCUUUGGGAAGGAAAUAUUAACAAGGCCUUAGUUGUUAAUUUCUCCGUGGACAUGCUGAACCAGGAGAUCGUUACCUUUAGCGGUGACACAGCUUCGGCCAAGUUGGACAUUCAAAUUGGCAGAGGACCCUUCGCACCAGCCGCCGACGGACUCGUGAAGAUCGGAGAAACAAUGACCCUGGUCGUUACCGUGGAAGGCGAUCCAGGUUUCGAUCUUCAGGUGCGCGAUUGUUUGGCGCGAGAUGAAGCCUCGACUAAUACGCUGCAACUUACUGACGAAAGAGGUUGCAUUCUGAAGCCAAAGUUGUUUGGUGCCUUCCAAAAGACAAACGACACAGGAAACACAGGCGCCUCUAUUAUAGCUUACGCGUUUUUCCAAGCUUUCAAAUUCCCUGAUGUCAUGGACCUAUUCAUCGAAUGUAACGUCGAGCUCUGCAAAACGGAUUGCGAGUCUUGCCCAGAAGCAAAUCAACAAAUCGAACCAGGCAGACGUCGCCGGUCGUUAACAUAUGCACCGCCAUUGAACACCACAACAAACCCGGUUCUCUUAUCGGACCCUGUCCGUAUUGGACGCGGCUUCAAAGUCGUCAUGCUAGAUGAUUUAAGCGCAGCAUCCAACCAGAUUUUAGAGAGCAUGGAGGAGACAGCUAUCGAGACGAUGACAAAAGAGAAGAAUGUUUGCAUGAGUAACGGAGGCUUUUACACGACGUUCUCUCUCAUGCUGAGCAUGCUCUCGAUCGCGAUCGUGAGCGCGGCUGUGUUCUACAUCAAAUUGCAACGGAUCCGCAGAACGAAAUUCGUGGAUUCGUAGAAAGGUGUUACUCGUAAUACCUCUUUCUCCUUAUCAUCGUGCAUAACACCAGAAAACAAGU